AUUCUAUUUCUACGUGUUAUUAUUCGGAAGUGUAGCUAAAUAGAAAUAUGACAGUUCCACUAGAUCAAAGUGAUAAGAAACUUUUGAGUUCGAAAAUGUUGGGUAAAUAUAUAGACACCUGUGUACGGAUUUUAAUUGUUAUAUUUGUCGCUGAUUUUAUGCAGCGUUUGUCUUAUGCUUUGGCUGAGUAUUUCCUGUACGGAAAUCACUAUUUGCUUGAGGAGCGUCUGUUGACAAUUUUAAGACGUGCUUUCACAUAUAAUAGCAAAACAAUAUGUCUGACAUUUGGGAUAAUGUUUUUGGGUUUUGCACGCUUUGGCCGCACCGGCAAUCUAAACCAAUUGCUGCCCAGUUGCUCAGAUUUCGCCUAUAUGCCACUCUAUUGGAUCUACAUAUAUGCACAGAUGAGUCAGAGCUCGUUGAGCUAUGCGCACUGGAUACGCGAUGCACAUGGAUUGGAUUAUGCAGCCGGCAUGGCAUCCAAUUACUUUCAUGGCUAUUUAAAACUUUCACUACCCGCGCGCAAUGGCGAAGGACUGCAGCAGCGGAUGACGGACUACGAGGAUUCCCAAAAUGUGAAAUUUGGUUUGAGACGCUUGAUCAUCCUCGUGCCAGAUGAAAUGUUCGUCAAGGGCCUCAUUGACAGCCCAUUGUUCGAAAAGGCUAAGCCUUUGGAGACACAUUUUAUAAAUCGUGCUGGUGUUAAUCGUCCGUUCAAGCAUGAUGUCUAUAGACUAAAUAGGAAAAUAAAUAACACCUCUUACUACUUUGCGAUAGAGGGAGCAACCCCAAUGUUAUCUUUUUUUGAUGCAAUGCAUCAUCAGCUGUCUGCCACAUGGCAAAUGCAGGAAAUGAAACGCGAAAUCUGGCUUAAGUUCUGCAAACAUUUGAAGGGCCUAUUGAGCACCUGGCCGGAAACUCGAAAUGAAGUGGAGCUGAUAUUUUAUAGUGCACACAAUUCAAAUGGAGAGCAUGUAGACGAAGCCGAAGUUAUUAUCAAUCACGUUUUUAAAGAUAAAGUGAUUUAUUAACAAAACAAUAAUUAUAAGUAAAUAAGUUAUAAAAACUAAGACUUGCACCAUGAAUGUGACAAUAUGACAAGCUUUUAUAAACAAAAAUGAACUGAUUAUAUAUUAUAUAUCAAUA